AUGCCCAUUGCACAGGUGACCGAGGGAUCAGAAGAUGAAAGUUGUAGCCAUAUUGGCAUGAAGGCCAGGUAUCAGCCAGCCCGCUCACAUCAUACCGCCCAGCAAGUUCAUGGCUUCGGCCCACAUUCAACUCGUCAAGGUCUUGAACAUAUUCGGACAUCCCCCGCAGUGCCGGACCAGACGCUGAAAAAGACCAGGGCUGCCCGAGAUGUAUUACCAGCGGUAAAUAACCGAUCGCCGAGGAAGACAACGGCUCCCAGAGAGCGGUCACUGGCGAUAAAUGACCGGUCGGCCAAGAAGACCAAGGUCACCAAAUCGGUGGCUUGCUCAAUUCCCGAUGCACCAGCAAAGAGUACCAGGAGCAAGGUCGACAAUGCGCUUGGCACCCGAAUUCGGCAAAAGCCUAAGAGAUAUGCUGACUACAUGUAG